AUGCCGGUAGAAGAGAUCUUCAAGAAGUCACCCUUCCUGGUCCCAGAUGACAGUGUUAGCAUCUUGGAUGGAUCCUACGAAGGCAUAUUAGCCUGGGUUACUGUGAAUUUCCUAACAGGUCAGCUGAAUGGCCAUGGCCAGGAGACCAUGGGGACCCUGGACUUGGGGGGAGCCUCUACCCAAAUCACAUUCUUGCCCCAUUUGGAGAAAACCCUGGAACACACCCCUCAAGGCUACCUAACUUCCUUUGAGAUGUUUAACAGCACUUUUAAUCUCUAUACACAUAGUUGCUUGGGAUUUGGAUUGAAAGCUGCAAGACUAGCAACACUGGGAGCCCUGGAGAUAGAAGAUCGAAGUGCCUGUUUACCAAGGUGGUUGGAAGCAGAGUGGAUUUUUGGGGGUGUGAAAUACCAGUAUGGUGGCAACCAAGAUGGGGUGAUGGGCUUUGAGCCCUGCUAUGCUGAAGUGCUGAGAGUGGUGCAAGGCAGACUUCAUCAGCCAGAGGAGAUCAAGAGAAAAUCCUUCUAUGCCUUCUCUUACUAUUAUGAUCGAGCUGCUGACACACACAUGAUUGAUUAUGAAAAAGGAGGUGUUUUAAAAGUCAAAGAUUUUGAAAGAAAAGCCAGAGAAGUUUGUGACAACCUGGAAAGCUUCACGUCAGGCAGUCCUUUCCUAUGCAUGGAUCUCAGCUACAUCACAGCCUUGUUAAAAGAUGGCUUUGGCUUUGCAGACAGCACUCUCUUACAGCUCAUAAAAAAAGUGAACAACAUAGAGACUGGCUGGGCCUUGGGGGCUACCUUUCACUUGUUGCAGUCUUGGGCAUCUCCCACUGAGGCCAAAUCCCCUCAAGUCUGUAUUCACUCUUUUUAAGGGGAGGAGAGAAGACACA